AUGGCGGAUCUAGAGAAGAUUGAAAUCCGGGACGUGACCCGUAUCGAACGUAUAGGGGCCCAUUCGCACAUCCGUGGCCUUGGUCUGGACGAUGUGCUCGAAGCACGCACCGUGUCCCAGGGUAUGGUGGGUCAGAAAGAAGCCCGCCGUGCUGCCGGUAUCGUGGUGCAGAUGGUACGGGAAGGGAAAAUCGCCGGUCGAUGUAUUUUGUUGGCGGGUGAACCUAGCACGGGCAAGACAGCCAUCGCUGUUGGAAUGGCGCAGGCUCUCGGUAACGAGACGCCUUUUACCAGUAUGUCCGGAUCGGAAAUCUAUUCGCUGGAGAUGAACAAAACGGAAGCCUUGUCGCAGGCGCUGCGUAAAAGUAUCGGGCUGCGGAUUAAAGAGGAAACGGAAAUAAUUGAAGGUGAGGUGGUUGAGAUACAGAUCGAUCGGCCAGCUACGGGCACGGGUCAAAAGGUGGGCAAGGUGACGAUGAAAACAACGGACAUGGAGACUACGGUACCGUACACGGAGAAGGAAAUUAAGGAGAUUCUGAAGAUACGCUGCGAAGAGGAAGAUUGUCAAAUCAGCAACGACGCGUUGAUGGUGUUGGGACGUAUUGCGACGGAAACGAGUCUGCGUUACGCGAUUCAAUCCAUCACCACGGCAAGUCUGGUGAGCAAACGUCGUAAGGCUGCGGAAAUUACGGUCGAAGACAUCCGGAAGGUGUACUCACUGUUUCUGGACGAGAAGCGGUCGAGCAAAAUUUUGAAGGAAUAUCAAGACGAGUAUCUGUUUUACGAUGAUAGUCUCCCGAAAACCGCGUCCGAUGAGCGACAAGCACAAGCGAUGGAAGUUGAGAGCAACUAA